CAACACUAAACUCAUAACCUAAUGAAAUAUCAUUUGGUUAACAAUCCAACAAACCGUAUUACCAGUUAACAAUUGAAAGUGUUAAGAGAAACCCUUUUAACUGGGAAAAACAGAAUCAACUAAUACAGUAUUAAUAAUCAAGUUUAAGGGCAACAUAAAUCUUCUCUUAAUCAUCUCUGUCUUCAUUUCUUUCCCUUUCUUCCAAGAGUAAAACUCAAACUCUGACAGUUUCGCCUUCAAUUCAUUUUCAACUCUUCAUCAUCACAAACGUUGGCCAUUGUUUCCCGCCUAACAGUCUACUUAACUUAACAGCGACAUUUUUAUUUCAACCGUCUUUCUCUUUUCUCAUUUCAACUUAAAAUGUCUCUUGUGUUACUUUCAUUUUUCUGCCAAUCUUUAACCAUGUUUUUUCAUUGAACGGAUUAUUAUUUCUGGUCCAUUUUACCUGUUAUACCAACUUUUAAUGUAAUAUUUAUUUAGUGCUAUUUAUUGGUGUUACCUUACAAUUGUAUCACUCCUCUGCUUCAAUGGAUCAUUGUUGGAUGGACAAUGGAGAAAUCCAAAUGACAUGAUAUAAUUAUUUAUUUACUACCCACAAGUACAAAUCAAAUUGUUCCUUAGCCAGUAUUAAUGUUCCUACUAUUGCCGCUGAUUAAAAUAUCAACCUGAAAAUUUGGUCAUCAUACUUAAUCAUUUUAAAUCAACAAGUUACGGAUUAAACAAUAAACAAAAGAUCCAUUCAAUUUACGGUCAAAACCUUAACCAACACUGGUCGCUGCUAAAGUUAAAAAUUCAUUGACAACUCUAAUUGGACUUCUUUAUGCAUCGACACUGGACAGCACCAUUACUCAAAAGCCGAAAAUGAAAAGACUAUUGUUCAACAUCGCUUGUCAUAAACUCAUUGUGUAAUCAUAAAAAUUCAUAAUCACAAUCACAUAAUCAAAAGCAUAAUCGUAACGACAAUCAGCAUUUGAAAAGCAAAAUAUCGAGUGUCACCUAAUGAAAUACAAAAUCAAACACAGGAUGUUCUGAAAGAGAAAUCAAAAAGUGAUUUGUGUUUUGUUCUGUUCUAUUGAUAAUCAACAAAAUCAUGUACAAACUUUGUGUACCACUAAUUAUAAUUAGCCUUUAUCUCGCUGCUUCCGGAUCAGGUGUCCCAAGUUCAAUAAUUGGCGAUCCUUUUCAAUCAAUAAAACAAAGUUUAGAGUUGGAUGCUGAGGUAUUAUCAGCAGCAGCCAUUGGUACCAACAAUAAUUCAACCAAACGCUAUGCAAUAGCUAAAUUUGAUUUUGAAAAAGUGUCACAACCUUACAUUAUUUGUCUAUGGAUUAUAAUUGUUGGUGUCGCUAAAAUAGGCUUCAAUUUAACUCCAAAAUUAUCCUCAAUAUGCCCAGAGAGCGUCGUUUUAAUGGUGCUUGGCGUUUUAAUUGGCCUGGUAUUUUAUUACGGUGGAGUGUCCACCAAUCAGUCCCUCCUUACUCCAGAUGUCUUCUUUUUUUACAUGUUACCACCGAUUGUUAUGGAUGCUGGUUAUCACAUGCCAAAUCGACUUUUCUUCGAUAAUCUGAAUUCCAUAUUAAUGUAUGCCGUUCUUGGAACCAUCUGGAACACUCUCACCAUUGGAGCGGUACUUUAUUGGGUCGCAACUUCAGGCUUUUUUGGAGUCAGUCUACCAUUAUUAGAUGCUCUGCUAUUUAGUACAAUAGUUUCAGCCGUUGAUCCGGUUGCUGUUUUAGCUGUUUUUGAAGAGAUUCAUGUCAAUGAUGUCCUUUAUAUCCUAGUCUUUGGCGAAUCGUUGCUUAAUGAUGGAGUCACAGUGGUUCUUUACAAAAUGUUUGAAGGUUACAUUGAAAUGGGAGCAGAUAACUUAUUACCAAUUGAUUAUAUCAGUGGGAUAACCUCUUUUUUUGUCAUCGCUCUGGGAGGAACCUUAAUUGGAGUUUUUUGGGGCAUCGGUGCUGCUUUUGUCUCAAGGUUUACCCACCAUGUAAAAAUAAUUGAGCCAAUUUUCGUCUUUGUGAUGUCCUAUCUGGCCUAUUUAUCAGCUGAAAUGUUUCACCUUUCAGGAAUUUUGGCGUUAACCUUUUCGGGGAUGACAAUGAAAAAUUAUGUAACGGAAAACGUUAGCCAAACUUCCCAGACAACAUUGAAAUAUGCUAUGAAAAUGUUGGCCAAUGCAUCAGAAUCGGUGAUAUUUUUAUUUCUUGGAGUCUGUACUGUUACUGAUAGCCAUAAUUGGAAUACAGCAUUUGUCCUUUCGACAAUCGGAGCUUGUUUAGUGUUCAGAGCUUUAGGUGUUAUAAUAUUCACAAGUAUCGCAAACAGAUUUCGUUUACACCGUUUAAGUGGAAUGGAGCAAUUCAUCAUGGCUUAUGGAGGGUUAAGAGGUGCAGUUGCUUUUGCAUUGGUUUUAUUAAUCAAUGAAAAGUUAGUUCCUACCAAACGUAUGAUGGUUACUACCGUGAUUGCUCUUGUUUAUUUCACCGUUUUCUUGCAAGGCAUGACUGUUGGUCCACUGGUGAAGAUAUUGAAAGUACCAAGGAGCAAUAAAUAUGAGAAGACAAUGAAUGAAAGAGUUCACGAAAGGCUCAUGGACCACUUAAUGGCUGGAAUUGAAGAUAUUUCUGGAAUGAUGGUCGGUAAUUACAAAAUAAGAGACAAAUUCCGUCAUUUUGACAAUCAAUAUCUCAAACAUUGGCUUCUUCGUGAAUCUCAUGAUAGAUCCGCUUCAUCCCGUAAAAUAUUUGAAACAAUUUCUCGGCUGAAUAUGCAGGAUGCAAUUAAUAUGGUGAAAGAGUCGAGUGUGCCUUCGUUGUAUUUAAACAAUAAUAAUCUACCGACAACUAAAUCAUUAUCCUCAUUAUUUCGUUCCUACACGCAAGCUAAUCUUUCUUCAUCCAAUGAACAAACUGACUCAGGACACCUUAAGCCUAACUAUUUCACCAAUCUUCCAAUGGAUCAUAAUGUAUCGACCAAUUUCAAUUUUGAUGUUGGAAACAUUGAAUAUAAUCCAUCUAAACGUGAUCUCGUUGAUUUCGAGGUCCACCAUAUUCUUAGUGAUAAUGUCUUUAAACCAGUCAAAAGGUAUCGUAAAUACAGCAAAACGGACUUAGCUGAUGUUUCGCCUCAAUCAACUUUCCAGCAUCAAGCUAAAUUAGAGGUUCGCCAUUUAGUCAAUCAAACUCGUCACCGGCGUCGGAACAAGAAGAAAACUAAUAGCAAUAAUAGCUCAAGUAAUAAUCAUAAUAAUCGAACCACUGAUGAACAUUUAAACCAAAGACCGAACCAUCUAAGCAUCAAUUCAAGAUUCGUAGGUAGAGCUGCGAGUUUCCCGUCUAUUUUAAACAGUCCUGAUGACGGAGGAAUCAUUUUUGUUGCUCGACCAAAUAAUCGAGAUGAAGAAAAAAUAGAGAUAAAGUCAAUUUAUUCACCUACUACAACCACUGAAGCGACUUUACCUUGGAGAAGGAAAAGUACUACUGAUCCAGUCGGGGCAAUGAAUUCAAAUGGAUCCUCUCCUUCCAAUUCAGGUCCAUUGAAACAAUCGGAAUUUCCAUCCUGGAUUGAGAAUAAAGAUUAUAUAUCUAAUUAUGCAUCACCAACUAAUACUAUUUUAAGGAGAAUCGAUGAUCCCAAUCAUAAUGAUAAAAGGCCUACAGUUUAUGAAAUUUUCACGAUUACGGAAAAUAUUGAAGAUUCUGGAAGUGCCAGAGAUGAAGUUGACACUCUUGAGAUGAAUGGUUCCAAUAAUCAUUUACAUGAGCAACAUUUAAACGUCGAAUCAUCUAAACCAAUAUCAUCAAAUUAUUCAUCAAAUCAAACUGCUUUACCAGUUAAUAAUACAACAGUUCCAUCCCAUUCACCUCCAAUUUUAGUUAAUGCGAGGAUAAAUAUGGGAUUUUUGGAUGAUAAUAAUCAAAAUUCCUAUAGGUUGUGAUCAUUUUUCAAGCUCAUUGUAAUCACCAUCAUGACUGAUUGAUUUUUUUUGAAUAACUUCAAUUUUUAAUCUCGUUCCACUUUUUUAACGAGAAUCAAUAUUUAUUUCUAUGAAAAAGCCAACAAAAAAGAGCUACUACUAUUGAUUAAAUAGCAAACCAAGAUGAAACAAUAUUAACAUUUUAUUACAAUAUUUUCA